CUCUCUCUCUCUCUCUCUCUCUCUAUUCCUUUGUAUUUCACAGCACCCUUUGUCUUCUCCUUCCCUUCUCUCCCUUGCGCACCACGUUAUCCUGCACCCUCCAAGAAAGCCGCCUCCUUUGCCUUUGACUCUCUCUCCUCUUAUAUACAUAGUUUCCAUCUUCACUCCUAUAUUCAAAUCCAAGGCCACCCAUCUCAGAGAAAACCCACAUCAAUGGCUACUUUCAUUGCUCGAAACGAUGGCAUAUUCAUGCUCUUCUCACACCCAUCUCCCUACAUGCAUAAAGCCAUUACUUUUCUCCAAAAUCCCAUCUUUCUACAUGGCUUUUCAGCCUCCACCCAUCUUGCUUUCAUUCUUCUUCUAUCUAUGACAUGGGUCAUUAAGGGAUGUAACAUGGGUGGCCAUGGACAUUCAAAAGAGAGGUUGAAAGACGGUAGCUUUUUAUAUUACAAACCCGCCCUUUUCUCUUCUUUGGGUCUGUCUCUGUUUCAUCUCGUUCUUUGCAUUCUCAACUACUUUGUUUGGUAUCAAUAUGGUUGGUCUGAUGAAAAUCUCUCCACCCAAUUGGAUUUGGCUCUUAGAACUCUUGCUUGGUUCAUGAUCUCAGCCUACUUGCAUUUCAAGUUCCGCAGUUCGGAAGAGGAGAAAUUCCCAAUCGUUCUGAGGAUUUGGUGGUUCUUAUACUUCUUCAUGUGUUGUUCUUUCGUCGUUCUGGACCUGGUUUACUAUCAGAAACCCGGAAUUCUGCCCACACAUAUGUGGGUUUUGGAUUUUGGGUCGGUUCUGGUCGGUUUGUUCCUUUGUUACUCUGGAUUAUAUGGAAAGAAGAACAGAGAAGAAGAGGCGCGCCUUCUUGAAGAGCCUCUUUUGAAUGGGAAUAGCGUUGGUGGGUCUCGCAAGAAGAGUAAGAAGGAUAAUGUAACUCCAUAUGCAAAUGCUAGUCUGUUUAGUCUUCUUACUUUCUCUUGGAUGAGUCCGUUGCUGAAAGUCGGUUAUAAGAAGACAUUAGACAUUGAUGAUGUUCCUCAGCUUGCUGAUGACGAUAGCGUUAAUAGGGUCUUCCCUGUUUUCAAAAAUAAGCUAGAAGAAGAUAGUAGUAAUGGAGUAGGAACGCUAAAAUUGGUGAAAGCGUUGUUCUUCACUGUUUGGAAAGAAGUGCUGUGGACAGCUUUGUUCGCGCUUAUAUACACAGUGUCUUCUUAUGUGGGUCCCUACCUUAUCGAUGCCUUUGUUCAAUACCUCAAUGGCCAUAGUGAAUUCGCGAAUGAAGGGUAUGUUUUGGUUUCCACAUUCUUCAUUGCGAAGAUUAUUGAAUGCCUUUCGCAGCGGCGUUGGUUCUUUAAGCUGCAGCAGGCUGGAAUCCAGGGCCGAGCAGCUUUGGUCGCAAUGAUUUAUAAGAAGGGCCUGUCACUGUCAAGCCAGUCAAGGCAGGGCCAUACCAGUGGAGAGAUCAUAAAUUUCAUGAGCGUCGAUGCGGAGAGGGUGGGGGAUUUCUGUUGGUAUAUGCAUGAUCUAUGGAUGGUUCCUGUGCAAGUUAUACUGGCUUUGCUGAUCUUGUACAAGAAUCUUGGGCUGGCUUCAAUUGCGGCUUUUGUUGCAACUGUGGUUGUUAUGUUGAUGAAUGUUCCGUUGGGGAAGUUGCAAGAGAAUUACCAGGGCAAGUUGAUGAAAUCAAAAGAUGUACGGAUGAAGGCGACGUCUGAGAUCCUUCGGAACAUGAGGAUCCUCAAGCUCCAAGGGUGGGAGAUGAAGUUCUUGUCCAAGAUAGUUGAGCUAAGGAAAGAUGAAACAAGCUGGUUGAAGAAAUAUGUCUACACCUCGGCCAUGACGACAUUUGUCUUCUAUGGUGCACCCACAUUCGUGUCUGUGAUUACGUUUGGAGCUUGUAUGCUUAUGGGGAUACCGCUAGAAUCGGGAAAGAUUCUAUCUGCUCUGGCGACAUUCAGGAUAUUGCAGGAGCCCAUUUAUAAUCUCCCCGAUACGAUUUCCAUGGUUGCGCAGACAAAGGUUUCUCUUGAUAGAAUUUCAUCGUUCCUUCGCCUUGAAGACCUUCAGCCUGAUGUUGUAGAGAGGCUUCCGGAAGGUACUUCUGAUGUUGCAGUUGAAAUAAGCCAUGGGAAUUUCUCUUGGGAUCUCUCUUCUGCGAAUCCUACUUUGAAAGAUUUGAAUUUCCGAGUUUUGCAUGGGAUGAGGGUGGCUGUUUGUGGAACAGUUGGGUCGGGAAAGUCAAGCUUGCUUUCUUGCAUCUUAGGAGAAGUGCCGAAGAUAUCUGGGACCAUUAAAUUGUGUGGGACCAAGGCCUAUGUUGCUCAAUCACCUUGGAUACAGAGCGGGAAAAUCGAAGAGAAUAUAUUGUUUGGUAAGGAAAUGGAUAGGGAGAAGUAUGAGCAUGUUCUUGAAGCGUGUUCUCUGAAGAAAGACUUGGAGAUUCUAUCAUUUGGCGAUCAGACUGUCAUUGGCGAGCGAGGAAUCAACUUGAGUGGUGGCCAGAAGCAAAGAAUACAGAUCGCACGUGCUCUAUACCAGGAUGCAGACAUUUAUCUAUUUGACGAUCCUUUUAGUGCUGUUGAUGCUCAUACAGGAACCCAUCUAUUUAAGGAGUGUCUGCUCGGGAUUUUAGGAUCGAAGACAGUGAUCUAUGUUACCCAUCAAGUAGAAUUUUUGCCUUCCGCUGACCUUAUCCUGGUAAUGAGAGAUGGGAGGAUUACACAAGCCGGAAAAUACAAUGACAUUCUCAAUUCGGGAACAGAUUUUAUGGAACUUGUCGGUGCGCAUAAGCAAGCCUUGUCAGCCCUUGAUGCUGUGGAGACGGAGCCUGACUCACAAGCAAGUAAUAGUGUGGAAGAUGGUUCGUGCGAUGCUGGAAGCAGAAAACAAUCCCCACACAAAGACACAGAGAAGAGAGAGGAUCAGAAUGGUAAAAUGGAUGAAAUAAUCGGGCAGAAGGGGCAGCUAGUUCAAGAAGAAGAAAGGGAGAAGGGCAAGGUUAGCCUAUCAGUCUAUUGGAAAUACAUUACAACGGCUUAUGGAGGAGCUCUUGUACCAUUCGUAUUGCUGGCCCAGAUUCUCUUUCAGGGUCUUCAGAUUGGAAGCAAUUACUGGAUGGCUUGGGCGGCUCCUGUCUCAAAAGAUACGAGAGCUCCAGUUGAAGGCUCGGUUCUCAUUCUUGUCUAUGUUGCUUUGGCCAUUGGAAGCUCCAUUUGUGUCUUUGUAAGAUCGUUGCUUCUCGUUACAGCUGGAUAUAAGACGGCGACUCAAUUGUUCAAUAAGAUGCAUAUGUGUAUAUUCCGAGCUCCCAUGUCAUUCUUUGAUUCCACUCCAAGCGGACGAAUUCUCAAUAGAGCAUCUACUGAUCAAAGUGCAGUAGAUACAAGCAUUCCCUUUCAAAUUGGGUCAACCGCCUUUUCAUUCAUUCAGCUGCUGGGAAUCAUUGCUGUAAUGUCUCAGGUUGCGUGGCAGGUUCUCAUCGUUUUCAUCCCUGUUAUUGCAACCUGCAUUUGGUAUCAGCAAUAUUACAUACCGACAGCACGAGAGUUAGCACGUCUUGUUGGAGUUUGCAAGGCUCCCAACAUACAGCACUUUGCUGAAUCUUUGUCAGGAUCGAUGACAAUCAGGAGUUUCGAUCAGGAAUCAAGAUUCAUGGAUACGAACCUGUGUCUGAUCGAUGGGUAUUCAAGACCCAAGUUUCAUACUGCUGGUGCAAUGGAGUGGCUGUGCUUCCGCUUGGAUAUGUUAUCAUCCAUCACAUUCGCCUUUUGUUUGGUUUUCUUGAUAACCAUGCCAAAGGGUAUAAUAGAUCCAGGCAUUGCGGGCUUAGCAGUAACGUACGGACUUAAUUUAAACAUGGUCGCUGCUUGGGUUGUAUGGAAUCUGUGCAAUCUUGAGAACAAAAUCAUAUCUGUUGAGAGAAUAUUUCAAUACAUGAGCAUUUCUAGUGAACCCCCUCUUGUCAUAGAAACCAAUAGGCCGGACCCUAACUGGCCAGCGGAAGGAGAAGUUGAUAUUCAUGAUUUGCAGGUCCGUUAUGCCCCACAUAUGCCUCUUGUUUUGAGAGGUCUUACAUGCACUUUCCCAGCCGGGAUGAAGACUGGUAUCGUUGGGAGGACAGGCAGUGGAAAAUCCACUCUCAUACAGACACUCUUCCGCAUUGUUGAUCCAGUUGCCGGUAAGAUUCUGAUAGAUGGCCUUGACAUUUCUACUAUAGGACUGCAUGAUCUGCGAUCCAGAUUGAGCAUCAUCCCGCAAGACCCGACUAUGUUUGAAGGGACUGUGCGAAGUAACCUUGACCCUCUUGAAGAGUAUACGGAUGAACAGAUUUGGGAGGCUCUAGAUCGGUGCCAGCUAGGGGACGAAGUAAGGAGAAAGGAAGGAAAGCUUGACUCUACAGUGGUUGAAAAUGGAGAGAACUGGAGCAUGGGUCAGAGGCAGCUGGUGUGUCUGGGACGGGUGAUAUUGAAGAAGAGCAAGGUCUUGGUACUCGACGAAGCAACCGCUUCAGUCGAUACUGCGACCGACAACCUAAUUCAGCAAACACUAAGGCAACAGUUCUUUGGCUGUACAGUCAUCACGAUUGCACAUCGGAUAACAUCCGUUCUAGAUAGCGACAUGGUCUUGCUUCUUGAUAAUGGCCUUAUUGUGGAAUACGACUCUCCCAAAAAACUGUUGGAAAACAAAUCAUCUUCAUUCUCAAGACUUGUUGCCGAGUAUACCGUAAGGUCAAACUCUAGUUUUGAAAACUUAGUGAAUCUAUGAAUGGCUGGCAAUACUUGGGCUGCCAUUAGUUGAUAUACAACCUGAUUGAUCAUGAUGAUAAUGGGUGUGAGUCCGUGACAUCUUCUCUUUUGCGCUAUCUCAUGAUUAAUCUCAACAAUGGGUUGAGAAUACAUGGCAGGAGUGAUUCACAAAUUCUGUAGAAAAUCUCACAGAGUUCUGUUUUUUUGUGAUUCCGAUAAUACUGUAACCCGAGUUUUGGAUGUCUAGGAACUAGGUGUGCUUAAAUAAAGCAAUAAAUUUUUUGAGUUAUGAGUGAAGGGCA